AUGCCUAUCGGUAAACUAGAACCUUUCGAUGUUAACUCAAAACAGUGGCCGGCAUACAUUAGGCGCGUUAAACAAUAUAUUUUACUCAACGAAAUAAAGGAUGAAUUACGUGUGCCGUUACUUAUUACGGUGGUGAGUGAACAUACUUAUUCGUUAAUGUGUGAUUUAUGUGCGCCUAAAAACCCGAAAGAAAAAUCUUUUGAUGAAUUGAUAAAGGCAGUAUUGGAGUAUCUUGAGCCACAAAGAGCAGGAGGAUGGGAGGCAGUGGAACUAGCUCUGGCGUUGGAGGCCGCGGAACGGCACGCGGAGGUGAGUGGGGCGACGGCCCCAGUCUCGGCUUCAGGGGCAAGCGUGGGUGAAGGCCUGCACAGCACCCGCGCGGGAUCCGCGGGCACGAGCGGUGGGGGCGAGCGCCGGACGAGCCGAUACCGCGGCGCAGGGGCAAAAGGGCCUAAUUCUGCAGCUUCGUCGAUAUCCCUUCAAUGCUGGCGGUGUGGUAAGGCACACCGGCCGGAUAGGUGCCGUUACGUUAAUUAUAACUGUGAUGAGUGCAACCAGCGAGGUCAUUUGAAAGUGAUGUGUCGUGAAGUGCAAGCUAAUCGUUCGGAUAGGCAAAAUUAUGUAAUUGGAUAUGCUGAGGACGAAGAUCUGUUUAACAUCGAACUGGCGUCUAAAGAUGCGUUACGACCGGACGUCGCGCAGGUGGCGCGAAAAGCGCAGCAGCGCCAGAUAGCGAAUGCAGGGGGCACGCCCCAACCCUCGAUUCUUUUAGGAGAUCCGGUACUCGCUCGGGAUUAUUCCGUGGGUAAAAAUAAGUGGUCCACCGGUACAGUAACUGAGCAAACUGGCCCAGUAUCCUAUCGAGUUAACAUGGAUGUUCUAGUACAGUUAGAUGGUGUGAUUGAUUUGUUUAACUUUACUUAA